AUGUCUAUAUUCUUAAAAGCAAUCGAAUAUAUCAUGAUGAACUUCUCAACAUUUUCGGCCCAAUUCAUAUUAUUUUUCAUCGCAUCUUUUGCUUGUCUUUCAAAUUGUGUUAACUCGAGUUCAAUGGAUUCUGAUUGUAAUAAUAAUAGUCGUCGAGGAUUCGAUCAUGAUUGUGAUCGAAAAAAUCGAAGCAAAAAAUAUUCGGAAUCUGAAUCGACUGAUUUUGAUUUCAAUCCUGCUUUAUCGCCAGCAUUUCGAUGUUCAAGUGGAACUGAUUCAGUUGAUGAACCAAAACCAGUUGAAAAAAGUGUUCACAAAUCACAACAUCAAAGUGAAAUUAAGAUGAAGAAGAAGCAGAAUAAUUCUUCGAAAAAAGUAAAUCGUGCGCAAGAUCGAUCGAAAAUUAAUGAUAAAUUGAAGCAAAGAAACAAUAAUUCAUUAGGCGCUGCUGCUCAAAAUCAAAAAAAUGAACAAAAAUCGAUGGAUGGUGAGUUCUUCGACUGUGAACGCGGAGCAUCGUAUUUUUCAGCACCGCCAUUUCCACCUGUUAAACCAAAUUCUCAACUUCAACAACAAAUACAGCAGAACUCUCAACAGCAACAACAGCCAAAAUCAGAAUCAAAACCGGAAGGCGAAAAAUCAACACCGGAUUUCGAUGCAUUUCCAGCUGCUGAAAUUCAGAAAAAAGAUCGAGAUGAUGCCAAAAAACCAGAUAAGAAAGUUUCGAAAGAAAGUUUGCAAAAAUCGGCACAACAAGAAGAUGAAAUAAUGCGAGGAGUUCGUGAAAUUAUGGCAAAUAAUCGAGCGAGAAAAGAGUGUAGUGUAUGUGCAAUUUGAGAGAUUUUGAGAUGAAAAUACAAUUUUUUCAGAGAAAACAACAAAUGCAAAAACAAGAAAAAGAUAAGGCGGCUGCAGCACAGAAAAAAUGGUUCAAGGGAAAAGCGAAGAAAUAA